UGUAUUGAUAGAGAUUAUUAUAUAGAAAAUAUAUUCAAAUUAUAAGAAAACUUCAUUAGUUCCCAUUUGAAUAUUAGUUCAUUUCCGCUUUACACCAGAUGGCGCCUCGAAAAAAAAUGUACAUAUAUUUUCUCUGUCUAGAUUGUCAUUAGACUAGAGUAGUAAUAGAAUCGAGUACAUUUCGUUUGAAAUCGCAUUUAUCUGUUCAGAUUUUAUAUACACGACAAAUUUACUAUACAUUGCGAAUGAUUAGUUUAUGAGUUACUAUGUUUAUUUGACAAUAAUUCUAUAUAUAUUAUUUAUAUCAUUUUCAAUUCAAUGUUUGAUACCAUUUUCUUAUUUGUCGUAAAUUCAACAUAUUUAUAUUCACUUUCAACUUUAUUGUUAAAAUAAAAAGAAUAUCACAAAUAAAAACUUUGUGAUAAUAUAUUUAACACUAUUUAUAAACUAUUUAUAUAGUGUACUAUUAUUCACAUAACAUUACAGUAAUGGUGGAGACAGCAUGUGAUCCUACAAUUGAAAGACAUUUAAAAGGUCACAAAGAUGCAAUUACUGGUCUCCAUUUUCAUCCUACUAAUAAUCAACUUGUAUCUAGUAGUAUGGAUAAAACUUUGAUGUUAUGGAAUUUUACGGAUUCAAUCAGAGGAUAUAAAUUAAAGGCGCAUAAAGAUUCUGUAUUAGAUGUUAGUUAUGCCCCUUCUGGAGAAAUCAUAGCUAGUGCGUCCAGAGAUCGUUCUAUAAGAGUAUGGAUACCUAGAAUAACAGGACAAUCUGUAGAUUUCAAAGCACAUUCAGGAGCUGUAAGCUCAUUGCAUUUCUGUCCAAAUGGAGAACGGUUACUUAGUGCAUCCCAUGAUAAAAUUUGUAAAUUGUGGAUGUUGUGUAAAAGAAAAUUUCUUUUAUCAUUUAAUGGACAUACAAAUUGGGUCAGAUGUGCUAAGUUUUCUCCUGAUGGUAGGCUUAUAAUAUCAUGCAGCGAUGACAAAACUAUUAAAUUAUGGGAUGUCUCUACUGGACGAUGUAUUAAAACUAUUAAUGAAGUUAAAGCUCCUGCUGUAUAUGUGGAGUUCCAUCCAAGUGGCGGUGUUAUUGGAUCAGCUAAUAUAGGUGGCUAUGUAAAAUUAUAUGAUCUAAGAACAGGCUCAUUGUACCAACAUUAUGCUGUUCAUAAAGGUCCUGUGCACGUUGCAAAAUUUCAUCCAAAAGGGAAUUUUAUGUUAACUGCUUCAGAAGAUACUACUAUGAAAGUUUUAGAUUUAUUAGAAGGCCGUCCAAUUUAUACGCUUAAAGGGCAUAAUAAUGCUGUUACAUCAAUUGCAUUUUCGCUUAAUGGAGACUACUUUGCAUCGGGUGGUGCUGAUUUUCAGCUUUUAACGUGGAAGACUAAUUUUGAUAAGGAUGAUAAAAAUAGAAAAGUUCCUAGAAUAUUAAUGCCGCCUAUUCAAGAUAUAAAAUACAUGGAUAGAUGGUUAAAUGAAACAGAUAUUCAUGAAGAAAAUGAAGAAUACGAAGAACAGCAAGAGUUGUUAUUAUCAUCACUGGAGUCUAUGAAAUCUAAAUCUGAUACAAAAAUUUGUAAAGGAUCUAUUCCCAAAUUACCUAAUGAAAAUAUAGAAGUUAAAGUGAUUAAUUUGAAAAAACAGAAACAAUAUAAGAAAGACAGAGAAGAUUCUUUGUGUAUUGGAGAUAAAGUACCUGAUUCGUGUUCUAGUCAAAGUAAUAAUAUAAUAGAAAUGCUAAAUGAACAAGUAGAAUCACUACGAAAUACUGUUCAUAUAUUAGAACAACGAUUAAGUGCAGUCGAGAAAGAAUUGAAAUAUAAAUAAAUAAGUGAAUAUAAUCAGAAUUAAUUAUAUAAAAUAAAACAAGUUUGUUACAAAAUUAAACACAUAAUUUCCUGAAAAUUGAAUAAUCAAUUGAGAUGUUCAAGAACAUCAAAUUAAUAAUAUGAACAAUUAGCUACUUUCUUUAAAGUUUAUCAUUGACGAGUUAAAAAUUGUAGGUUAUGUGAGCU